AUGAUGGCGGCGGCGGAGGCUGCGGCGGCGCCGGUGCUGCUGUCGUGCCUGCUGGGCCACCUGGGGGGCCUGCUGGGGGCGGCCGGGCAGGGCUCCGGGGCCGCGGGCCAGGCCCGAGUGGAGGUGCUGUUGCUGCCGCCGCCGCCCGAGGAGCUGCCCGAGGCCGGCGACAGUUACACCCUGCAGGGCGCGCUGCUGGGCAGGCCCGGCCUGGAGCGCGAGAAGCCGCGGCGAAAAGCCGGCGAGGAGGUGGAGGAGGAGCAGGAGGAGAUCCGGGGCGGCCUGGUGCUGGUAGGGGAUACUGACCCCAAGCUAGAGGAUGAUGAUGGGUGGAUUGGCGUUGUCCCAGUGGGUGAAGAACAGGCUGAGAUCCCCAGAGGCAGCAGAGAAGAAUCCUUCACCACGGCCGUGGUCAACAAAAUGAAGCGGGCCCUCGUCUUGGGUGCCUCAGCCCUGCUCAUCCUUGCCCUGAAUCAGAACGCAAUCCGAGAGUUGGAUGUCUCCCAGGUUCUCUCGAAGCCUGUGAUCAUCAUCCAGACUUCGGAAAAUGUUACCAAGCUCCUUGGAGCACUGCUGCGAGGUCUCCGUGCAACAGCAAAAAUCACAUACAAAGCUGUGCUGCUGGAGAAUGUGGGGGUGACUUUGACACUGUGGUCGACCUGUGGCCUCUCCCGGGGUGGCCUGUAUGGAGAAUGGCAGGGAGUCAUCUGUACAGGAGAGAACAGCUCGAGAGUCCAGAAGUACCUCCAGCAGCUGUGGAAUGCCAUCCUGCUGAUUGCUCUAAUCUUGUGCACGGGAGUGAUUGUGCAGGCACAGCGGCAAUCCCGGCAUAGCCAGCUGGACCAAGACUCUGAGCUAGACCUGAAGCAGCACAUUGCACAGCGGUUGUCGGCCCUGAAAACCCGCCGUUACCACCCCGGCAAACUGCCUCGGAGCUGGGCUCACGAGAUUGACAGCUGCGCCAUAUGUCUGGACCAAUUUCACAAGAACCAGUGUCUUCGAGUGCUACCCUGCUUGCACGAAUUUCACCGGGACUGCGUGGAUCCGUGGCUCCUCUUGCAGCAGACGUGCCCCCUCUGCAAACACAACAUUCUGGGAAACUGCUGUGGGGAUAGCUAGCAAGACUGCGGCCCAUCCUUGAGGACUGAUCUGCCAGCACUCCAGG